AUGGUGCAGGUGUUCAAUGUCCAAGUUUUCUUUGUGUGCUUCAGAGAGUCACUUGAAGCGGCCAUUGUGGUGUCCACCCUUUUGGCUUUCUUGAAGCAAGGUAUCGGUGCUCCCACCGAUGACCCCAAAACCUAUAAGCGUUUACGUCGUCAAGUGUGGCUCGGUACGAUUAUAGGGGUUUUGAUUUGUGUCAUUCUUGGGUGUGCCUUCAUUGGGGCUUUCUACGGUUUGGGUAAAGACAUUUGGGGCGGGUCUGAAGACCUUUGGGAAUCGAUCUUCUGUCUUAUUGCGGCGAUUUUGAUCACAGCCAUGGGGUUGCCGAUGUUGAGAAUCAACAAGAUGCAAGAAAAGUGGCGGGUUAAGUUGGCUAAGGCACUUGUGCACACCGAUAAGAAGGACAGAUUCAAGAUUGGUCACUUGAUGAAGAAAUACGCCAUGUUCAUUCUUCCCUUCAUUACUUGUUUGAGAGAAGGUUUGGAAGCUGUCGUUUUCAUUGGUGGUGUUGGUCUCAAUUCCCCUGCCUCGGCGUUCCCCAUUCCUGUUAUUGUCGGGUUAAUUGCUGGUAGUGCCUGUGGUAUCUUGUUGUAUUUCUUUGGCUCUGCUGUCUCGCUUAAGGUGUUCUUGAUUAUUUCCACUUGUAUUCUUUACCUUAUUGCCGCCGGUUUGUUCUCAAGAGGUGUCUGGUAUGCCGAGAUGUAUGAGUACGCGAAGAAGACUGGUGGUGAUGCCGCUGAAAAUGGCUCUGGUCCUGGUACCUACGACAUCACCAAGUCGGUGUGGCACGUCAACUGUUGCAACCCCAACAUGGAUCACGGUUGGGAUAUCUUCAACGCUCUUUUCGGCUGGCAAAACUCGGCCACUUACGGGUCCGUUAUCUCGUACAACGCUUACUGGAUCUUCAUCCUCGCCGUUUUGGGGUUGUUGUUCUACGAAGAAAAGUACGGCCACUUGCCUUUCACCAAGUCUAUGACGUUGGCGGAAUUGAACCCUAUGUACCACAUUAAGGGAAAGAAGAAGUACGAAAUGACGGAAGCUGAGAAGCAAGACUUGUUCAACCAAGUGAAGAACCAGAAUGCUAACAUUGAGAUGCAGGAAGUUGAUUCCUACCAAAAGUGA